AUGGAUGAAACCCUAGCAGAAUUAAAUGGGUCAGCUGUGAUUGAUUAUCAUGGAAAAGUGGUUGAGAUAAUAUGUAGAAGAAACAAAGGAUAUCAUGCAUUUUCAGUAUUAAGAGGCACAACCUCUCUUGAUUAUUCCUUCACAUUACUUCUAUUAGAAAUUUCUUUAGUUCUUAUUUUCAGUCAUAUUAUGCGUUUCCUAUUGAAGCCUCUCAAACAACCUAAAGUUAUCUCUGAUGUUCUUGCAGGCAUAAUCUUAGGACCAUCCGUACUUGGACACAACGAAACAUUUGCAAAGAACGUAAUCCCAGAGAACACAAGAUUUGUUACACAAAAUAUGGGCAUAAUUGGCUUUUGUUUCUUCCUUUUUGUCAUGGGCGUCAAAAUGGACUUAGGCGUAGUCCAAAAAGCAGGAAAAAAACAUUGGAUCAUAGCCAUAACCGGUAUAAUAAUCCCCAUCCUUGUAGUAGGCCUAGUAUCAUAUCUCCUAAGGCCAUAUAUGGACACCGAACUCCGAAAAGUCUCCUCCAUCGGAGGCGUGAUUACUGCAGUCGCGAUCACAACAUUUCCGGUCAUUUACUCGAUGCUUAAAGACAUGCACCUUGUUGGGUCCGAAAUUGGACGUUUUGCCCUUACGACAGUCAUUAUUAGUGACAUAAUCGGUAUUAGCGUUAUUAUUGUAUUUGAAGCGAUCAAACAAUCUGAUAGUAAGCCAAUUAAUGCGUUAUAUUACGUAAUUACCAUAAUUUUAGUAUGUGGUUUGGUAAUUGGGGGUGUACCUCAGAUUAUGUUAUGGAUUAAUAAACAAACUCCCGAAGGUAAACCUGUUGAUCAAAGAUAUAUAACUUUUACGUUACUUGGAGUUUUUGUUAUUGGUUUUAUUACUGAUUUUAUUGGUGCGGCUAUCGGUAAUGGGCCUCUUUGGCUUGGGCUUGCUAUACCCGAUGGGCCUCCUAUUGGUGCAACUAUUGUUCAAAAGAGUGAGACUUUUAUGAAUGAUAUACUUUUGCCGUUUUCUUAUGCUACUAUUGGGCUUAGCACGGAUGUAUAUGCUAUGAGUGCUUGUUGGUCUUGUGUGCUUCCCAUAUUUGCUGUGGCUGUUAUGGGUUUUGUGGCUAAGCUUGUUUCGGUUGUUAUGGCGGCCCGGUUUACUGAUAUGCCUUAUAGAGAUUCUAUUGUCUUGGGCCUCAUGCUCAGCCUCAGGGGUCAAACUGAAUUUCUUUUAUACAUGCAUUGGUUUGAUUUAAAGUUCAUAAAGACAUCAUCGUUCACAAUAAUGGUGAUUGUAACUAUCAUAAUGACGGCCAUAGCAAGCCCUAUAAUAAACCUAUUGUAUGAUCCAACAAAACCAUACAUGGUAAAUAAGAAAAGAACUAUACAACACACAGCCCAAGACUCAGAACUCCGAAUUCUCGCAUGUAUUUACGAUCAAGAAAGUGUGGCAAGUUUAUUUAACCUCUUAGAUUUCAUGAACCCGACUACAAACAACCCAUUUAAGGUAUUGGCUCUUUAUCUAGUCGAACUUGUGGGUCGGGCUGCCCCAGUCUUCAUAGACCACACAAAACAAAUCGACGAGUAUUGGGACAACAACGACGAGGCCAUUCACAAUGCCAUUAAUCUCUACGUAGAGGAUCGUACAGACAGUAUUGAUAUGAACUUUUUUACAAGCGUUACACCUCAAAGGACCAUGUACCAAGAUAUAUGUGAAAUUGCCUUGUUGAACAAGGUAGGGUUUAUUAUUUUACCCUUCCAUAAAAAAUGUAUUGAAGAUGGGAAUGAUUUUUCUACAGCCCUACUACGGCCCGGGGUACAAACCGCUAAUGCUAACACGGUUACACAUGCACCAUGCUCGGUAGGUUUGUUAGCAUGCAAAAAUGCCGCUUCAUGGGGGACCCUCCCUAAUCGAAUGAGCCAACGAGGACACCGCCAGUUUGCGAUGUUGUUCCUCGGUGGACCAGAUGCCCGAGAGGGUCUCUCGUUAGCAGAUCGAAUGGUGGGCCACCCUGACGUGUCAUUAGUAGUUGUUCGAUUUCUGGCAAGUGAGUAUAGGGGUGACAAUGAGUCAGAGCGAAAAUUAGAUGAUGGGGUUGUUACAUGGUUUUGGGUGAAAAAUGAAAGAAAUGACAAAGUGGUGUACAAGGAAAUAAGUGUUAGUAAUGGGUUUGAAACGGUUUCGGCUAUACAAUCGUUAAAUGAGAGUGUUGCAAUUGAUUUAUGGAUUGUAGGGAGGAAAAGUGGAAUUAAUCCAAGAUUAUUGUAUGGUUUAUCAGAAUGGAGUGAUAAUCCUGAAUUGGGAUUAAUAGGAGAUUUUUUGGUAUCAGUAGAUUUUAAUACCUCAGGAUCUGUAUUAGUUGUUCAACAACAAGUUUUAAGAGAUCAACGGGCUAGUCCUUGGGCUUGUUACUAG